AUGUCUUCUCAACAAAAAGCACCAAAAACAUUCAAAUCGUUACAGAAAACUAGUGCUACUGCAUCGGCUUUGAGUAAAACUUCUUCUGCAUCAUCGUCUUCUUCGGAACCAACAUCUGCAUCAGUAGUAGCCAAAAAAACAAAAACAACAACUCCUAAUAAAUCAGAAAUAACAAAACAACAAGGAUUGAAGAGAAAACUUUCCGACACUACUUUGGAAGAGGAGUCGGAAAGUCGAGUGGUAGCAACAUCAUCUUCUAAUCCAUCCAACAAUGAAGCAACGGAACAACAACCAAACAAGGCUGAUUCGUCAGUCAUUGAUACCUCUGUUACAUUUGCUGCACUCGGACUCUCUCAAGUCUUGUGUGAUACAUUAAAAGACAUCGGUUAUAAACAUCCAACUAAAAUUCAAAGAGAAGUAAUUCCAGUCGCCAUUAAGGAGGCCUUCCAUGAUGAUGAGACUGGAUUUACCAAAUAUAACGAUAUCAUUGGUAUUUCUGAAACUGGCUCUGGAAAAACAGCCUCCUAUGUUCUUCCAAUAUUAGAGAGAUUGCUUCAAUUGAAAGGAGAUCCUUCUCCUUGCUCUGCUCUCAUUUUGGCACCAACUCGAGAAUUAGCAACACAAAUUCAAUACCAUGUAAACGCACUAGGAAGUAAGAUUGGUAUUACAUCAACAACUCUAAUUGGAGGAACCACCAUUGCAAAUGAUUCUCUUCGCUUCAAAAAGAAUAGAUAUCAUGUUGUGGUUGGAACCCCUGGAAGAGUGUGUGAUUUAUUGCAAUACGGAAAGAGUAACUUUAAUUUGAAUCAUACCCGAUUUUUAGUUUUAGAUGAGGCUGACAAAAUGUUGGGAAGUGAAUUUGACAAGUGGCUGACAGUAAUUUCUGAAAAAUUGAAGAGAAAACAAUGUACAGUUUAUUUAUUCAGCGCUACCAUGACAACGAAAAUUGACAAACUGCUCAAGUUGCAUCAAAUGACAAAUCCUGUAAAGAUUCAAGUAACAAGCUCGAAAUAUCACACUGUGGACACUCUCACCCAACAAUAUUUACUUGUGCCUGAGAAGUAUAAGGAACAAUAUCUGGUAUACUUGCUGAAUGAAAAUCCAGGCAAGAGAAUCUUAGUGUUUGCUGGUCAAAAUGCAACAUGCAUCAUGUUGAGUAUCAUGCUACGAUCACUUAAAUUCCCAGCAGUACCACUCUCUGGUCACAUGGAUGAAACACAUCGACAACAUUGUCUCAGAAAGUUUAUCAGUGGAGAUCGUCCAAUUCUUGUUGCAACUGACAUUGCUGCUCGUGGCUUGGACAUUCCUCUCGUUGAAAUUGUUAUUAACUUUGACAUUCCAGCGCACUCUAAAGAAUACGUUCACCGUGUAGGAAGAACAGCAAGAAUUGGAAAUCAAGGUCUUGCCAUAACUUUUGUGACUCAAUACGACUUACAGUAUUUCCAAAAGAUUGAAGCCUUAAUAGAAAAGAAGAUGGACGCUUGUCCUGUGAAUAAGGAAAAUGCAAUGCUUCUAACGAAUACAGUGUCACAAGCAGCAAAAUUAGCCAAAAAGAAAAUGUCAGACAUGGAGAAGGGUGAUUUGCCUGUCAAGAGUGAUGAAUUUACUGAGGAAGAGGAAGUUUUGAACAAUGCUAUUCGAUCCUUGACCGCAAAACGAGAACAUGCUGGAAAAAAGAAGAGUGGUGGCGGCAACUCAGGAUCUGGAAAUCUCAAAAAGAAACGAAAAGAACAAAAGUAA